CACUUAUUCUCUCCUCCCUCUCUGCUACUGAUAUUCACUCAGUCUUUUCAGUUUCCAUUUCCCGAAACUUCAUCUUCUCUGUGCCAGAAAUAACCCUUUUCUUCUCUGAACAUUAACAAACCCUAACCUUAUCUUACUUAUUAUGUUAACAAAUACAUAAAAACCCCAAAUCUUGAUAUAUCUCAAAUUCUCAUUAUUUUCUGUUUUUUUUUCUUCCAGAAAUAAAUGGCUCAACCUCUGCACGCAAACGCUUCUUCAAGUAUGGUUUUAUCUUCAGCUUCGUGUACCCUAGUUUUUGUAGUCUUUCUUUGCAUUUUGGGGUUAUAUACCUUACAAAAUCACUCAACAACAACAACAACUUCAACACAAAACCAUCAAAAUUAUCAAAAAGAUUUCCUUCAUUUUCAAGAAAUUUUCUUAACUUCAUCCAGCAAUUAUACCAUUUCAUCUUACCUGAGAGAACUAACCCAGCACCCACAUAUAGCAGGAACCCAAUCUUCAUUAGAAACAGUAGAAUAUGUUCAUAAACAUUUCAAAGACUUAAAUUUUGAAACCCAUACUGUAAAUUUUGAGGCUUUACUAUCUUACCCGGUACACUCUUCGCUAUCAUUGCAUUUUAGUAAUGGGACAUCAAAGGAAUUAUCUUUAACAGAAUUAGGUCAGUUAGGUAAAGUUGUAGUACCAUUUCAUGCUUAUUCACCUUCUGGUAAAACAAUGGCUAAAAUGGUUUUUGUUAAUUAUGGUAGAAUUGAAGAUUAUAAUAAACUUAUUGAUUUAGGGGUUAAUGUUAGUGGGUGUGUUGUAAUUACAAGAAGAGGGGAGGUUCUAUCUAGAGCAGGGAUUGUGGAAAGAGCUGCAGAGAAUGGAGCAGUGGCUUUGUUGAUGUAUACAGAAGGCGGUGAUGGGAAAACAACAAGGUUUAAUGAUGGUGUGGAGAGAGGUACCGUUAUGAAAGGAUUAGGAGAUCCAUUAUCACCUGGUUGGGGUGGGAUUGAAGGUGGUGAGAAAUUAGGGGUAAAAGAUAAUCAAGUUAUGAAAAGAUUUCCUAAAAUUCCAUCUAUGCCCAUAUCUGUUGAGAAUGCUGAGAUGAUUUUAGAAGGCUUAGAGGGACCUAAGGUGCCUGAUGAAUGGAAGGUGACUCUAAAAUCUAAGGUUGGAAGAGUUGGUCCAGGGCCAACUUUGGUCAACUUCACUCACCAGGAGGAGAAAAAGGAAGCAACAAUACAUAAUGUUUUUGCAGUAAUAAAAGGAUGGGAAGAGCCAGAUCGGUAUGUCCUUCUGGGAAACCACAGAGACGCUUGGACAUAUGGUGCUGUUGACCCCAAUAGUGGAACUGCAGCCCUUCUUGACAUUGCUCGACGAUAUGCCCUGCUGAUGCGGUAUGGGUGGGUCCCACGGAGGACUAUUAUUCUCUGCAGUUGGGAUGCCGAAGAGUUUGGGAUGGUCGGAUCUACUGAAUGGGUUGAGCAGAACCUUGUGAACUUGGGAUCUAAAGCUGUUACGUACCUUAAUGUUGACUGUGCAGUUCAAGGGCCAGGGUUUUUUGCCCGUGCAACUCCUCAACUAGACAAUCUCAUUAUUGAUGUUACGAAAAAGAUUAAGGAUCCUGAUUCGGAGGACAUGGAAGUAUACCAGACAUGGUUUGCUAGAAACAGUGGAAUCGAUAUUCAGAGGCUCGGUGGAGUUGAUUCUGAUUAUGCUUCAUUUUUGCAACAUGCAGGCGUUCCAUCAAUUGAUUUGUACUAUGGAAAAGAUUUUCCCGUCUAUCACACUGCUUUCGAUUCCUUUGACUGGAUGACCACGUACGGGGAUCCACUAUUUCGCCGUCAUGUGACUGUUUCCGGUAUAUGGGGACUUUUAGCCCUUCACCUUGCUGAUGAUCUUAUCUUACCAUUUGACUACUCGGCUUAUGCUACUAAGUUGCAGGAUUAUGCGAAAACUUUGGAGAACUUGUUGGGAAGUGAUCUAGAUCUACGUCCUAUAACCUCAGCCAUCCAGGAAUUUACCAUUGCAGCUAAAGAAGUUGUAUCAGAAGCGAAGGAACUAAGAGAGCAAAUUACCAGCGAUGACUUACUGAUAAUGAAGAGACGGUCCUUGAAUGAUAAGUUGAUGCUUGCAGAGAGAGGUUUUCUGGAUCCAGAGGGUCUUCAAGGAAGGGAAUGGUUCAAGCAUUUGGUAUACGGACCUCCUGAAGACGAUGAAAGCAAGCUGGUUAUCUUUCCUGGGAUAGCUGAUGCCAUUUCUAGAGCAACUAGAAUGCCUAAAGAACAAGAAGGGAAGUCAGCAAUCCAACAUGAGAUAUGGAAGGUUGCUAGAGCGUUUCGAAGGGCUGCUACUGCUCUUAAAGGAGAACUCUUUUAAGCAAACUUUUAAGAAUAAGGAAGUAACAUGAAGAUCUAAAGAUAAGUCCGUGUGUACAUAUGGCAAAACAACAUCAUAUUGGGAUCUCAACUUUUAAUGUUCCAUCUCUUCUUUUUUUCUUUACGCGACUACUAAAUAUUUGAAUUAUUGUCCGUAUUUUUGAUGGUCUAUACAAAUAUCCUUAUCACA